UUGCCAAAAUAAUAAACCGACUUCUAGGUACACCAUUUCAAACCUAAGAUGCAAGAUUUCCUAUCAGAAACAUUGUUAGGAUUAGGAACGGUGUACAUGCACUCCGAGCUCUAGGCAAUGCAUUCGAAGCUCUCUGAUUGAAUCUGCACCUGUCACAUUUCGAAACAUGCGCAACUGCAGUGAACGCCGCAUGUAUUCACUACCCUGCUGAUUGCACACGGCCGGCAAAACCCUGUUCACGGUCGGUAAAAGCUUUGAAAAACCACUUUCGCCAUUGUGCAAAACCUUCGUGUUCAAUCGUUUAAUUCGUCUCGAAGGAAUAUGAUUCAAGAUCAAUAGAAACUGUAUCUGUAUUUAGGGCCAAAUGUUGCUGCAUACAAGGGCCGACUAAGAGUAUUGAGUUCACUAACUGUUGCAGAACAGCAGUUUGAACAGGAGAGCGUACUGUUUCCCAUCAUCAGCGCAAAAUAACAGUGCGCAGAGUAGAGCAAUUUGGACAGAAUAACAGUGCACUGAAAAAUUAAUAAUCCGGGCUGCCUUCCUUUUAAAAGUUAUAAUCCCCAUACAUAAGGCUGGAAAACGGGAAUUCUUAAUUUCGGCCUUUUUCCCAAUAUCGGCGGGCUAAAAAAUGGGAAUUCUUUGACUGUGCCUUUUUUCCAACAUCGUCGGGCCCAAAAAUGGGAAUUCUUUGACCGUGCCUUUUUUCCAAUAUCGGCGGGUUCGAAAACGGGAAUUCCAGACUAUCUACUUAGUCUUAUUAUUUCCACAAGGCAAGAUGUCAUUGAGGAGUGUAGUGAGAAAAAUAUAUGAAAAAUCAGUCUUUCAACGGAAUCGUUUUUUAUCUACCGCAACGCGUGCAAGUGUCGUCAGACAUUCACACUUAUAUCGCAACUCUUGGACAUCCCGUGCUCCCUGCAAGGUUUUGGGGUAUAAUGGAAAAUAUUGGUUGGAAAAGAAUGCCUUCCAUGAUUUUGGAUUUCAAGUAGAUCGUGAGAGAAGCAUUACAAAUGAGGAGCAAGUUGAUCCCUUUACUCUUGUGGCUGAUGAACUGGCACUUAUGGCUAAUAGGUUGCGUACGAUGGUUGUAACUGAGAUUCCUAAACUGGCAACAGCUGCUGAGUACUUCUUCAAGAUGGGAGUUGAGGGUAAACGGUUUCGUCCCAUGGUCUUAUUGCUGAUGGCAUCAUCAUUGACUAUGGCAGUACCUGAAAUGGCAGCAAACUCUUUGCAUGAAGGCUUCGCAAAGGAGCUACGAUUGCGACAACAGCGCAUUGCAGAGAUUACAGAGAUGAUCCAUGUAGCAAGCCUUCUUCACGAUGAUGUAUUGGAUGAUGCAGAGACCCGUCGUGGUAUCAGUUCAUUGAACUUUAUGAUGGGGAAUAAGCUUGCUGUAUUAGCUGGGGAUUUUCUUCUUUCCAGAGCAUCUGUAGCACUUGCUUCACUGAAAGACACAGAGGUUGUUGAACUAUUGUCAAAGGUACUGGAACAUCUUGUCACUGGUGAGAUAAUGCAGAUGACAACAUCAUCAGAACAAUGCUGUAGCAUGGAGUACUACAUGCAAAAAACAUUUUGCAAAACAGCAUCAUUGAUGGCAAAUAGCUGCAAGGCUAUUGCUCUUCUCGCAGGUCAGCCAAGAGAAGUUGCCAUGCUGGCAUAUGAUUAUGGACGGAAUCUGGGUUUAGCAUAUCAGUUGGUUGAUGAUGUUCUUGAUUACACUGGCACAACUGCUUCCCUUGGCAAGGGGCCCCUAUCUGACAUACGGCAGGGAAUUGUGACAGCUCCAAUGCUGUAUGCUUUGGAGGAAUUUCCAGAAUUGCAUGGUGUAAUUGGUCGAAGGUUCAAGAAGUCUGGAGAUGUUGACUAUGCCCUUGAAAUUCUUGGCAAAAGUCAAGGAAUAAGGAAAGCAAAGCAACUGGCAGCUGAACAUGCAGAUCGAGCAGCAUCAGCAGUUGAUUCUUUCCCAGCAUCUGAUAUAGAAAAUGUUAAAGUAUGCAGGAAAGCAUUGGUAGAUCUCACUAAAAAAGUGAUCACUAGAACAAAGUAAUUGGGCUUCUGCGUAAUCAAAGAGAAUAAUAGGUUGAGAAGAGCCUGGAUUCUUUUUACAAGAGAGAUUGUUUUGUCGCUUUCUGGAAGGUGGGUCGAUUUUGCUCCAGUUCAGAUAUUUAAAACCCAAUUGACAUUAAGUUAUUAACAUUGUCAAUUUUGGAUUACAAGUUCAAAAUGUGCUAUUUUAAUAUUAGAAGCUUCCCUGAGGCUUAAGGAAGGCUAAUUAUUUUUUGAAUUCAUUGUAUUGUUAGGGCUCCAAAAGAUUCAUUUUAUUGUCAGGUUAUCUAUUUUAGUACAUGUACAAACUGAUCAAUACAGUUUGUAUAGUGCAUAGGACUUGAUUUUCAUAUGAAAGUGAAUAAACAUCUUUCAAUUGAUUAAUGAUGAAUAAGAAGUGUCUAUUGCAAUAACAUUCA